AGCUCCUUCCAGUCGGAGGAGGCCCCCCCGCUGGACCCCAAGACCUGCCCCCGCCAGUCCCGCGCCAGCGUCUUCAUCACCCAGAUACUGCAGUUUGUCAGCAGGAUGGACAACAAGUACAAACGCAUGAACAGCAGUGAGCGCGUGCGGAUCGUCCCCCCCAGCAGCGGCAGCCUCCCCAGACAGGGCUUCGAGCCACUGCGGGAGGAAGACCCGGACCGGGAGGUCAGCGGGCUGAACCUGAUCCCCUACAGCCUGGUGACCCUCCAGCGCAGCGGGGCGCGGCGGCCCGUCCUCUUCAGCCCGGCGGCGCUGGCCGGCCCCCUCCUCCAGAGGCUCCUCCCCCCGGGGGGCGGCGGCCCCGAGCUCAGCGGCUGCAGGCCCGACGUCCUGACGAAGGAGGAGUUCCAGCUGCGGCAGAGCGUUGAGCCCUUCGUUCACUACAAGGAGAAGACGGCCACCUUUGAGGUCAUCUCCAGGGAGAAGAUAGAAGAUGUGGCUGCCAAGGGUAGGCACUGCCUGCUGGAGGCGGAGCUGAGCUGUGUGAAGGACCUCCUGCGGAGAGAGAUCUACCCCAUCAUCAUCUUCAUCAAGAUCUGCGAGCGCAACGUGAAGCGGUUACGGAAGCUCCCGCUGCGCCUGGAGUCGGAGGAGGACUUUGUGCGUGCGUGCCGGAUCCGGGAGAAGGAGCUGGAGGGCGUGGCCUGUCUGUACUCCACGGUGGAGCCUGACGCCUGGGCGGGGCCUGACGACCUGGUCAGAGUCGUCAAGGAAAGGAUCCAGGAGGAGCAGAGGAAGGUGGUCUGGGUUGAGCAGGACCUCCUCUGAGGGGCCCCUGACCCCCGCAAGCCCCAAGGAACGCACACGCACCCGAGCAUGCACACGCACCCCUCCUCUGAGGGGCCCCUGACCCCCGCAAGCCCCAAGGAACGCACACGCACCCGGGCAUGCACAGACGCAUACACACGGACACACAGACGCACACAAAUGAUAUGCUAAACAACGUGUAACAUACCGGCUUUUCCCUGUACAUCGUGUUAAUCCUAAUCUCCUACUUAUCCAUUGUCCUGUCUCCAAACAAUGGCAUGCAUUCCUUGUAAAUGUGUCCUAUUUAAGCAAUUUAUUACUAAUAAAGAACAAGAAAAAGCCUCUUGGUGCCCCUUUAAACGUAAUUUUUAACUUGUCAAUGUGAUCUCCAAAUCGCAAUGUGGUAGAUUAGUGUCUAGCGACCUUUUGUGGCUGUAAUGAAUACUGCACCUGUCGAAUACAAUGAUCAGAAAAAUGUGAGCACUAAAUGUAAACUUGGAUGAUUGGUAAUAAAUAAAAUAAAAAUCUUAUUAAAAAUCA